GUACAGCCGUACACACCGUUCCACAUACCAACAAUGAUGCGCUACGUGGUUCUGCCUCUCACCUACAGGAUGAAAAACCUCGAAAGCUCAGUUCCGGAACGGUUCCGGUAUGAAUACAAAGACAACUUCGACGAUGAGACGAGGUCCAUCCGCGCCCAGACCGCCGCCCUGCUCAAGAGGGUCCACUCGCCCAUCCCACGCUCCAGAGGCCCCUUGCACGUCGUGCUGCCGACGCCCAGCUCCUUCAUGGAGACCCCCGUCCCUCACCGCCACACCUCCGACCACUACAUCGAGGGCCUGCUGGCGCCCAUCAGCAAGGUGCAGCGCGACGUCGCCUCUCGGUCCUUCUACGUCGAGCACCCCCGCCCCUACAUCGGCAAGGGCCACCUGGCGUGCGUGAGCUUCGCGGGCGGCAAGGCUUACGGCAAGCGCAGGAGCCACUACGACGUGCCGGAGGACCACCACAACGUGCAGGACGACAUCGCGACGCUGUCCUACUACAACCGAGCGCGGGCCGUCGCCAACGGCCAGGAGCCUGGUCCAGAGCCAGCAGCCUCCAGCAGCAGAAAAGCUCGCCAAUACAGACCAUCAACAGACUCAGCGGCCAAGGCGGAGCCCAAGGCGGCGGAGCCCGCUCCCGCAGCUGCCCCACGGUCGGCCGCCGCCCCUAUCCGACAGGCGUCAGUCAAGGAAGAUCCGGUGGCCGAGGCCGCUGCCGAGGCAGAGCUGGCUGCCGAGACCAAGGCCGAGCCCGCCCCCGUCACCAACGGCGUGGCUGAAGCCGAUGACGAGGCCGCCAGGCUAGCCGCCGAGGAAGCCGAACUGGAGAGACAGCUGGAGGCCGAGCUGCGCGCCGAGAUGGAGGCCAAGGAAGCGAAAAAGGCGAAGAAGGCAGCCGCCAAGAAGGCCGCCGAUGAGGCAGAGGCAAAGAAGGCUGCCGAGGCAGCCGAAGCCAAGAAGGCUGCCGAAGAGGCUGCUGCGAAGAAGGCAGAGGAGGAAGCGGCUGCAGCAGCUGCAUCUGAGGCAGAGGCAGCGGCUGCAGCUGCAGCAGCGGCUGAGGCCGAGGCGGCCGCCGCAGCGGCUAAGAAGGCCGCCGAGGAGGAGGCUGAACUGGAGAAACUCGUGGCUGCUGAGCUGGAGGCUGAGCGACUGGCCGCUGAGGCAAAGAAAGCCGAGGAGGAGCAGGCUGCGGCGGAGGCCACUGCACAACCCGCGGAACCCGCAGCAGAAGAACAGCAGGAAGUAAGCAACGACCAGGAGGCAACCGAAGCCGAGGUUGAGGCCGAGCCCGAGGCCGAGCCUGAGGCCGUUGUCGAGGCCGAAACCGAGGCGCCCGUCGAGGAGGCGGAGCCUGAACCCGAACCUACUCCCGAGCCUGCCGAUGAGCCCGAACCCGAACCUGAACCCGAGGUGGCCGAGGCCGAGCCGGAACCUGAGACGGCCGCCUCCCCCGAGCCAGAGGCCAUCGCCGAGGACGACCCCGUCGUCGAGGAGCCCGCCUCUGAGGCGCAAAAGGACGAUGUUGAGGACGCCAAGUCGGACGAAGACGCCGGCUGGCCUCUGGACGAGGAGUGAGGGGGCCGUGGGGAAGGCCAAGGCCUUGGCCUCGGCCACCGCCGGACCCAAGCGCGCUACGACUCCGCCCCGCGGACCUGAGUUACCUGCCUCAACAGUCCUGAAGCAGCCUAACUCGUUCCCGGGGUCGAGACAUUAUCAUGUGUUUGUCCUUUUGGUGUUUCGUGUGACGUUGGACCGAGUCCUACUAUAGUCUCGCAUCUAACACAAUCCCCUGAUCGUAAGCUGCUGUGAUCGUCCCUAGGCUUACUCAUCGCAGGUACUCACGCCUCGAGCACCCACUAGUCAUACAUUUCACACCAGUUGGCCAACGAGUGAAACGCGGAAUCCCAUUGUUCAUAGGACAUUAGCAGAAGUGGUAAGACUGUUUUCAUCGUUCAUAAUUUACAGAUAGGAGUCACGAUAUGUAACAAAAUCAUGUACUCUGCACAAUCUAUCCGAAUAAAUCGCGAAAAUCAAAUAA